AUGCUUCGUUGUUGGAUCGCUUCACUACUUCUGAUUCUCGGUUUAAUCAGUCAUCUGGUUUACUGUAACAUGCAAACUGCUCAAUUUGCGAGGGAAGAUAGAGAGUAUCGGCCAUUACAGUUCGGUAAACGAGAUGGACAUCGGCCACUGCAAUUUGGCAAGAAGAGUUUUCGACCACUUCAGUUCGGGAAGAGAGAUAUGGAUGAAGUUCCAGAUUAUUUCUAUUGA